GUACCUGUUCCCAGGGCUCUUUCUGCCAGCGCUACAGGGCCUACAUAAAAGAGGUCCAAGGCACAGGGGCUCAGCUCCACUUCGUCGAGCCCGGUUCCCUGCUUCAGAGGAGCGGGCACGAGGUGCAGUUCCGAAUCUCCCACCGCCAGGGCGGGGGGAUCCUGGAGCCCCUGGAGCUCUCCCUGGUCUUCUUCCGGGCUGCCAAAAGCGGGGAGCCCGAAACUCCGGGGGCCUGUGGGGUGCUCCGGAUCUCCAUCUUGGCACCCGGAGAGCGGCGCUUUCGGCCUCGGGAGGGCGAUGUGGCCAUGGUCCCGGAGAGCGGCUUGGAGCCGGACCUCCUUGCGGUGCAGUCGGAAGAGGCCAUGGCCCUGAUGACCGCCGGGGACUGCUCCGCGAGGCUCCGAUACGAUCCCCUGGAGCUGGACUUGCUGCGCUCGGGUCGGAUCUUGCAGACUCUCAACGCCCGACACUUUCUAAACUUCGAGCAGCGGCGCAGCCGGGAGACCGGUGCGACCGGUGCCCGACCCUUCCUCGAUGCCACGGACAUCACUGCUGGGUCGCUGUGGGAGGAGACCUUCGAUGCCACCUUGGCUGCAGUUUGCUGA